CAAUACAAUUUCAAGAAUAUAAGUCUGCUGAUAGCCAUUAUAUUGUUAAUCUUUUUAGGUAAUGCAAUCUGGGCAAUCAAAUGGAACUAUCUGCCUAUGUUUUGUCAUUCUUGGAGGUUUAAUGUUUUUCCCCACCCAUCUUACAGUAUAUUCAAUGGGUUCAUGUGUAGGGGAUCUAGCCAAGAAACAAAGUUCCGCAAGAAGAAAGCAGCAGAUGCAAGGCAUGGGGAAAUCAGAGCAUAUGCUCUGUUUUGAUGGCCGGAAACAGAGCAAUGUGGAGAGGAACCCUGCCAUUUUUUUUGUUUGCUAUUAUUUCAAAACUACAACAGAUAACUAAGAAAAUGGAGCAUUCAAUAGUUGUUGAGCAGUCAUGGUUCUUCUUGUGCUGCCAUCUUCUACUUCUCUUGCCUUCAUAGCUCUAUUUUGGACUUUUGGUGGCAUGAUGAUCGAGUAUGUACUUGGUGUUUCUGUGUUCCCAAUUGAAUAAAUUUGUCAGGUUUGCAUCAGUACACAGAAACGGAGCGGGAAUCCUUGCCAUUUUUUUUUGUUAUUUCCAAGCUUCCUUCUUUUCUUGUCAUUUGCGGUCAAAAUGCGGUGCGGUCUAAACCAUACCAAACCGUUAAUUUAUGCGGUUUGGUUUGACCGCACCGAUAACUUCGCGGUCAAAGAUGCGGUGCGGUCCGGUCCGAACCGUACCGAUGCCCACCCCUAGUGAACAGCUGGGGAAAGGAAGGAACUCGGAAGAGCACUUUUCCCACCGCCAUCUCCCGCGGUGAAAGAAGUCGUGGUCGUGGCCUUUGCGUGUCGCCGACUGAUUUUCUUCCCCCACCCACUGCAAUGAUGUCAACAGACUGGUACGAAGGAAAGUGGGAGCCUAUAAAUAGGCCGGCCGAGGAAGAAGAUGUGCCCAACCCGAAUCAAUUCCUUGGAGAUAUAUCUCUCUCCUCAAUUCGCCAGAACACAACCGAAGCAAGAAAGAGUACCUUUUGCUUUCUUUCUCGUUUGUCUUCGAAGGUAAGCAUCCAACUUACCCCUAAACCCUACUUUACCUUUUUUUUUUUUUCAAUUCCGAUCGUUUGCACGACUUAGCCUGGGGUUCUGCAUUCCAUUUGAUCGGAUCAGUUAGAAUGCGAUCGGAAUCCUUGUCAGGUCGCUGAUUGAAUUUCGGUUUUGAUUUCCUUUGAUCUGCUUUGCUUUGCUGGUGUCCUGCUUCUGAAUUCUCAAUUUUGUUAAUUGGGUUUUAUUAUUAACAGUUGACCUGAAAUCGGGAAGGAGAGAACUUUCGUUUCAGUUCCGAUUCCCUCGAGAGAUGGAGCCGAAAUCUGAAGCUUCGGCUUCUGAAAUGGAGAUGAAAUUGAAGAUUAAGGACAAAGCUCCACAUGGUGAGAAGGCAAAGGAGGAUAAGGUUGAGUUGGAGCUUGAAUUGAAGACCAAGUCCCUCGAAAAGGAGGACAAGAAGAAGAAAAAGGAGAAGAAGAAAGAGGAUGAUGAUGAUAAACCAGAGAAAGAAGAGAAGAAGAAGAAAGAUGAGAAAGUGAAGGAGAAGAAGAAGGUUAAAGGAGAUGAGAAACAUGAGGAAGAGGGCGAGAAGAAGGUUGGAGAUGGAGAUGGUAAAGAGAAGAAGAAAGAUAAGAAAGAGAAGGAGAAGGAGAAAGAAGUGAAGGUUAAAGGAAAGGAGGUUGAAUCGGAAGAAGAGGAGUAUAGAAAUGAAAAAGGGUCUGAAGAGAAAAAUAAAAAGAAGAAGGACAAAGAUGUAGCAGACAAAGGCAAACAGAAAGAAGAUAAGAAGAAGGGCAAGAAUCAUGAGGGUGAGAAGGAUGAAAGUGAGGAGAAAGUAGAGAAGGGAGAUGAUAAGAAGAAGAACAAAAAACAUGAAGAUGAAAGGGAUGAAACUGACAAGAAAGAAGAGAAGGGAGAUAAGAAGAAGAAACCGAAAGAUGAAAUAGGCGAAGAUGGAAGCAAAAAGAAGAAAAAGGACAAGGAGAAUGAUGGUGUAAAGGAUAAAGAAGUGAAGGGAGAUGAUGAGAAAAAGGAGAAGGAACAGAAGGAUGAAAGCAAGAAGAAGAAGAAAGAGAAGAAGGACAAGGGAAACGAGGACGAAGUGGAUGGAGGUAAAGGGAAAGAAGAGAAGGGAGGUAAGAAGGAAAAGGAGAAGAAAGAGAAGGGUAAAACUGAUGAAGAUGAGAAUAGGAAGAAGAAAGAGAAGAAGGAGGACAAGGAAGAGAAAGCAAAGAAGGUCGAGGAAGAGGUUGACAAGGCAGAAGUGACAUCCAGCUCCAGGGGUAUUGAGACCAAAGGUGAUGUGAAAGAAUCAGAAGGCGAAGCAGAGGAUGACGUGAAGAAGAAUGAAGGCAAGGAUGGUAAAGAUAAGAUAGAGAAAGGGAAGAGUGAUAACAAAAAGAGGAAACUUGAUGAGAAGGGCAAGACCAAGGAUGUGGAGAAGCUGAAAAACAAGUUGGAGAAGAUCAAUGGGAAAAUACAAGUUCUCAUGGACCAGAAAGCUGACAUUUUGAGGCAGAUUGAAGAGGACACAGCUGUUAUAGAGAAUGUGGAGUAGUUGUAAGCUCUGUGUUUCCCCUGUCAUGUGACAUCUAUGUCUCCGUGGCAAAGAUGAUCAAGUUCUGAAACACCUAUAAUAAAUUCAGUAUCUUUCCUCGUUAAAAGAAAACAACACUAACUUU